GCAGAAGCAGGAAGUGGGACCAAAACAAAGGAGCGGCGGCCGGGAGGCGAGCUGCGUCUUCUCGUCCCGGUUGCGCGCCCGGCCGUGGCCGCCGACCCCGCGGGAGCGGUCCGAUCAUGUCCAACAUGGAGAAACACCUGUUCAACCUCAAGUUCGCGGCCAAAGAACUGAGCCGGAGCGCCAAGAAAUGCGACAAGGAGGAGAAGGCCGAGAAGGCCAAAAUUAAGAAGGCCAUUCAGAAGGGCAACAUGGAAGUGGCGAGGAUCCACGCCGAGAACGCCAUCCGCCAGAAGAACCAGGCGGUGAAUUUCCUGAGGAUGAGCGCGCGGGUCGACGCGGUGGCCGCCAGGGUGCAGACGGCCGUGACGAUGGGCAAGGUGACCAAGUCGAUGGCCGGCGUGGUGAAGUCCAUGGACGCGACGCUCAAGACCAUGAACCUCGAGAAGAUCUCGGCCCUGAUGGACAAGUUCGAGCACCAGUUCGAGACGCUGGACGUGCAGACGCAGCAGAUGGAAGACACGAUGAGCAGCACGACGACGCUGACCACUCCCCAGAACCAGGUGGAUCUGCUGCUCCAGGAAAUGGCCGACGAGGCCGGCCUCGACCUCAACAUGGAGCUGCCGCAGGGGCAGACGGGCUCGGUGGGCACGAGCGUGGCGUCGGCCGAGCAGGACGAGCUGUCGCAGAGGCUGGCUCGCCUCCGGGACCAGGUGUGAGGGACGCGAUGGGGGCAGCGGGGCGGGCCGGGCCGGACGCCGAGGCCCGUGCCCC